AUGGGAGACUCUGUCGCAGACCCGUCCCGAGGGACAGGCUUGGAGCAGGUGCCUCAAGGGAAUGGGGGGACAUCCCUCAGUGUCAUCACAGAAGGUGUUGGGGAGCUGGCGGUCAUUGACCCUGAGGUGGCCAAGAAAGCCUGUGAGGAGGUCCUGGAGAAGGUCAAGCUGAUGCAUGGUGUCUCCUCUGACAGCUUUCCGAAACCAACCGACGGCAGCGAGCACAUCCCACAGGGCACCACGGUGGAUUUGGCCAACGGAGACAUUGGGGAUGGCUGUGAAAUCAGGUGCUUGGACGAUCCACCUGGCACAGCCACGAGGAUCCAGGAGGAGGAUGAGACCGCGGCCAACACGGUGAAGACAGCGCGGAAGCGGCAGAAGAACAACUCUGCCAAGCAGUCGUGGCUCCUGCGGCUCUUCGAAUCCAAACUCUUUGAUAUCUCCAUGGCCAUUUCAUACCUGUACAAUUCCAAGGAACCUGGCGUGCAGGCUUACAUUGGGAACAGGUUGUUCUGCUUUAGGAAUGAGGAGGUGGACUUUUACCUGCCGCAGCUGCUGAACAUGUACAUCCACAUGGACGAGGAUGUGGGAGAUGCCAUCAAGCCCUACAUCGUGCACCGCUGCCGGCAGAGCAUCAACUUCUCCCUGCAGUGUGCCCUUCUCCUGGGUGCCUACUCCUCAGACAUGCACAUCUCCACCCAGCGACACUCCCGUGGGACCAAGCUGCGGAAGCUCAUCCUCUCCGAUGAGUUGAAACCAGCAUACAAGAAGAGGGAGCUGCCGUCGCUGAACCCCGUGCCCGACACGGGGCUGUCUCCUUCCAAAAGGACUCACCAGAGGUCCAAAUCAGAUGCCACCGUUUCCAUCAGCAUGAGCAGCAAUCUGAAGCGCACAGCCAGCAAUCCCAAGGUGGAAAGCGAGGAGGAGGAGCUCUCCUCGAGUACGGAAAGUCUCCCUAAGUCACUGUGUCCCCCAGUCCGACUCGCCCCAGAGAGGGAAUUCAUCAAGUCCCUGAUCGCCAUUGGGAAACGCUUGGCCACACUCCCAACCAAAGAGCAGAAGACCCAGCGGCUGAUCUCGGAGCUGUCCCUGCUGCCGGCGCGUGCCUGGCUGCCCACCGCCGGCUUCGACCACCACGUGGUGCGCGUGCCACACACCCAGGCCGUCGUCCUCAACUCCAAGGAUAAGGCUCCCUAUUUAAUCUAUGUUGAAGUACUUGAAUGUGACAAUUUCGACACAGCGAAUGUCCCCGCGCGGAUUCCGGAGAAUCGCAUCCGCAGCACCCGCUCGGCCGAGAACCUGCCUGAGUGUGGGAUCACCCAUGAGCAGAGGACCAGCAGCUUCACCACUGUCCCCAACUAUGACAAUGAUGAUGAGGCUUGGUCUGUGGAUGACAUUGUGGAGCUGCAGGUGGAGCUGCCAGAGAUCCACACCAACAGCUGUGACAACAUCUCCCAGUUCUCUGUGGACAGCAUCACCAGCCAGGAGAGUCGUGAGCCUGUGUUCAUUGCUGCUGGGGAUAUCCGGCGGCGGCUGUCGGAGCAGCUGGCACACACUCCCACCUCCUUCAGGAGGGACCCCGAGGACCCUUCUGCUGUUGCCCUGAAGGAGCCCUGGCAGGAGAAAGUUAGGAGGAUUCGGGAAGGGUCUCCCUACGGACACCUGCCCUCCUGGCGCCUCCUCUCUGUCAUCGUCAAGUGUGGGGAUGACCUGCGCCAGGAGCUCUUGGCCUUCCAGGUGCUCAAGCAGCUGCAGUCCAUCUGGGAACAGGAGCGUGUCCCCCUCUGGAUCAAGCCAUACAAAAUCCUCGUCAUCUCCGCCGACAGUGGCAUGAUUGAGCCCGUGGUGAAUGCUGUGUCCAUCCACCAAAUCAAGAAGCAAUCCCUGCUCUCCCUGCUGGAUUAUUUCCUGCAGGAACACGGGAAUUACAACACAGAAUCCUUCCUGACAGCGCAGAGGAACUUUGUGCAGAGCUGUGCUGGGUACUGCCUGGUGUGCUACCUGCUGCAGGUCAAAGACAGGCACAAUGGCAACAUCCUCCUGGAUGCAGAUGGACACAUAAUCCACAUCGAUUUUGGGUUCAUCCUCUCCAGCUCCCCCAGGAAUCUUGGCUUUGAGACCUCUGCCUUCAAGCUCACCACGGAAUUUGUGGAUGUGAUGGGGGGGCUGGAUGGGGACAUGUUCAACUACUACAAGAUGCUGAUGCUGCAGGGGCUCAUUGCUGCCAGAAAGCACAUGGAUAAGGUCGUGCAGAUUGUGGAGAUCAUGCAGCAAGGCUCACAGCUCCCGUGCUUCCAUGGCUCCUCCACCAUCCGGAACCUCAAGGAGCGAUUCCACAUGAAUAUGACGGAGGAGCAGCUGCAGCUGCUGAUUGAGCAGAUGGUGGACGGCAGCAUGAGAUCCAUCACCACAAAGCUCUACGAUGGCUUCCAGUACCUCACCAACGGCAUCAUGUGACAGCCACAGCCUGC